AGCCACAUGUGUUCAGUUCAGUUGAGCCACGUUGCAGACAAGUCGCAACUCGCACCGGCGCAGUAUUCACGCAGUCUUUCGCUCAUUUUGUUACUGUUGUUUAUAAGUUUGUUAAUUAACUGUUUAACUAUUUAACUUUUAUAUAGUUUAAAAAUCAUACAUCUGCAGUUUUUGUUGAAAAAUCUGUGUUAACAUUUUACAUUGAUUUUCGAAUCAAAAUGGACUUUAAAUCAGAAGACAUGAGUUCGGCUUCAUCCGUCGAUAUCGAAUACACGAGUGAUGUCAAAGAGGAAUUAGACGAAUUAGAAGAUUAUUUUGGUUAUGACUCAACUGAAGGAGAAGAACUUCCAUAUGAUGAAUAUUAUGAUCAAUAUUUAAGCGAAAGUAGUUCUGAUGAAGAUGUUGAACAAGUAGUUAUUCCUAAAAAAAAGAAUAGACGAAAACGGUCUUGUAACCAAGAUGAAGAAGAAACUUCAACAUCAAGAAAAAAAAAGAAAAAGCAAAAAGUAUCAGACCACAAUGCAAGUGAAUAUCACAGACGCGUUAUAGAAGCAACGUUAUUUGAAGAAUUGGCUCAAGAAGAUGAAGAUGAAUACGAAAAUUGUCAUGAAAAUUUUGAUGAAAAUCAUGAUAAUAAUAAAGACGAUGAAUCCAUAUUUCAAGUAAAGAUAAAAAAAAAUGACGUAGAAUCAGAAAAUUUAGAAGACAAUUGCAAUGGUUUAAAUUCAAACAGUCUCCGUUUUCGUGAUCCUAAUGGUAAACCUUGGAAAAGCAAUGAAGAAAGAGACCAAUUCUUUGAUUUUGUUGCCAGCAAAGUCGAAGAGGAUUCAAGCAACGAAAAUGAAACAGAUGAUGAAAGUGAAGACAGUGAAAGUGAUACAAGUGACGAUAAUGAAAUACUAGAAGGAGCCAAAGACAUUUUGAAAUUUUUUGAAUUGCAUGAACCUGGUGAUGAAAAUGAUGGAAAUAAUGAAAAUAAUCCUGCAAAAAUGGCAAGGUUCAAAGGGUUCUGUUACGAUGAUGAUAAGAAUUUAAGUGAAGAAGCGAAGGAAGAUGCCAGAAAAACGAGAAUUUUAAUGCAGUCUGUUUAUACGGUUGCUACAGUACUCCAUAAAUUUCCGUUGGAAUAUACACAAAAGGAGGAAAAGAAAGUAGAGAUCAUUAAAAAAAAGUGUCUGGAAAUGAGGGCAGCUCUCAUUGCAAACGGUUUUCCAGAAGAUAAGCUUCCAGCGACUAUUACAAAAUAAAAUAAAAAUCGCUCUUAAUUUUUAUUCACAAUGUAAUAUUUGUACAUAUGUAAAUAGUUUUUGUACAGUUUAUAUUUUUGAAUUCAUAUGCAAAUCUUGUACAAUUAUUUGUAAUAAAUUUCUACUAAAAUUAACAAGCAA